AUGGUUGGAUAUGACUAUUGUGAAACGAAUGACAAUUUUGUCAAGUUAGCCGAUGUCAGUCAAUCUCAAGAAGAAGACAUGAUCACAGGUACUCAAAUGGGAGCUCCAAACUACAUGGCUCAACAGAGGUGGCGUCCUUCAGACGCUACGACCGCAAAGAGGAUUUAUAGAUUUGGAUUAAUGCUAAGGGAGGUUUGGUAUGGUAAGAGAACAUUUCACGGUAUUUCUGCUGAGGAGCUCCAUGAACAAGUGGUUCAAGGUAGAAGACUGGAGCAUGUUCAAGACAGGCGGGAGCCUCCAAAUGAGUGGCGAGAUCUGAUGCAGUGUUGA